CACUCCACUCGAUCGCUUAGUUUCAUUUCUUUGUCACUGUUGGGCUUCAAUUUUAACAUAAAUUGGGAGUAAUCUGCCCGUCAUACGACAAACGGCAAAUGUCUGAUCUCGAUUGAGUCCAUUACGAUCUAGAUUAACUUAAGGAGAAGAAAAGUCAAAACAAUUUACAAGUUUGCGACAGACACUAAGCCACGUGAAAUUAAUAGUUUGUUAAUCUGUAGACUACGGACAUCAAAAGGGGGCUUUAUGUUAUUAUUUCAUCCGGGGAAAGAUUUCAAUGGCAAAAUGUUUUGGCCGACCCUGCUGUAAAUUGUUUUUGUUGCGCUCUAUUCUUCCAUUAAUCAUAGAUUGGACUGUUUGAACUUUAUAGGAAUACCUUUGUGGAAAGUACUGGAAAGCAAUACUUUGAAUUGACCCUUUCAAGUUUAUUUGUAAUUUAGUGUGUAUAGUCUCGAAAGACCACGUUGCAAUUUGCAUUUUUGCGAGCUCUAUUUUCUGCACGAUCACAUGACAAAUGAACACAGGUCACGAAAAGGUUGUAUCAAUCACGACAAGGUUGGAUAACUUCCGCCUAUGCGCGCGCGCGCUAUUCGCACCAAAUAAGGAUAAAUUGAGCUCCGUUGAUGCUGAGCCACUAGGAAGUACAGUUUUCUUCUUUGGUAAAUUCAGUUAAGCUGAAGUAACUUCCACCUCGAACUGCGUAGUGUUUUUCCUUGUGAAAACAUAGAGUUAGUCUGCCAACUGUGGCUAUCCGCUCUAGAGGAAAACUUCACAUUGGGUUGUUCUCAAAUGAAGGCGGUAGCUCCAGAUAUCUUCAACGAAAACAGCGUGGGAAAUGUUCUGUUGGAGGUCACUUAGAGCUUGAGCACAGCAAGGAUUCACGCCAGCCAUAUACAAGGUGACCCAUAUCCACUUAAAUAAACGAAGGUAUUGUUCAGCAAUUUACCCAGGCAGGUAAUGGAACAUGCUGGGAGUGUAGAGAGUGAUGCAUCAAGCUGUGAAGAGCCAAAUGCUAAAAGGUGUAGGAGAGACCCAAAUGCUCCAAAACCUACCAAGAGUGUUGUGGUUUUUUUGGAUAGUGAUGUCACUGUCACUGAGAAUGGUCAAGUGCUCAUGCCGAAUACUAUUGAAAUGGCAGCAUUAAAAAAAAACAGGGAUGGUAAACAGUACAGCAAAAUGGCCUUUACAUCAGAGAUGAACAAAGAGGAUGUUCUUAGUGCACUUUAUUUAAAUUUCCCAAUUUUAAGAACCAAAAGAAGACUUAGCUGUGCUUCAGCUCUUGACAAAUAUCGGACAAAGCUAGACUUUCAUGGUGAUAGAAGAAUAUGGAAUGGAGCUCUCAUUAAAAAAUGCAUCAGAGGCAAUUCAGCUCUGUACGUGCUUGCUGAGGGAAGUCUUGAAUCAAGGAGGGUGUCUGAUCAUGAGGUGUCACAAGUGGCAUCAAUAGGUUCAAGUUUAGCAGCUACACAAAGACUUCAAGAGCUGUCACAUAUAUCUUCAACUGCUGGUCAAAGGCAUUUAACUGGAAAGGGAGAUGCCUCGCAUGCUUUACUCUUAAAUGCGAACCAUCAGGGGCAAAUUGAAUUGCCACAGAGAGGGAAGGAAGAGUUAACAUCAGCAGCAGCUCAUAGCACAGGAGGUUUUUUACAGGAAGGAGCACAGAAAAGGCAAUAUUAUCCCUGGAUGAUUGAACAAACAACUUUAUACCCUGCUGCACAAGAAAAUGUCCCAACGUCAGAGCAAGGAAAUUCUGUACAGCAGACUCCUCCUCCACCACCACCACCACCACCAGCACAUAAAAAUGUUCCCGUUCAGGUCUUGAACAAGGACGCAUCAUCUAAUGAAAGAAAAAGAAAAAGUAGCCCUCAUCAGCACCAGGAAAAUUCAGCUCUUGAGCUGCUCUUUGCUAUUUCUGAAGGGGAGACUUCAGACUCUGCAAUUGAAUCUAUGUGGGAAGAAAGUACUGACUCAGAUCAUGUCACUGGCCAGUCAGGAGGUAUUUUAAAAGAAAUUUGCCCCAAUAAAGGGUCCAUCAAGGGUGGAGAUCGGUUCCAUUUAAUUUUGGAGGAUUUUGUUCCAGUAGAGACUGAGUUGUGUAAGGCCAUUUUUCAAGGAUGUGGAGAAGUUUACCUCCACAAAGGAAGUCUUUCUACAUUGGCUGGUGAAACUCCAGCCUCCCUGCAGGGACCUGGUAAAGUAAAGGUCACACUGAUGUCUUCAGAUGAAUCAUGCUGGUAUGGUGAAACUGAAUUUCUAUAUACUGAGGACCCGCCCACUGAGGAAGAAUUUCUUAGCAAGGUAGUGAAAGACAGGAACAUGUGGCAGAAGUUGUUUGAUAGGAUCAGUAGUAGCAAACCAAGUGAUGGACAGGCAUCAGAUUCCUCUGGUAAAACAGGACCAAGAUCAUCAAGCUCAAAUCAGAGCAAAUGUGCUUGGUCAGUUAAACAGUUACAGUUGCUGGUGUACAAAGCAGCAGAAAUAGAUGGUCUAGAAUUUAUUCAAAUGAUCUUCAGCACUUCAGCUGGAAAAGUUGUAUUUAACAGUUACAGGAAUAGUGCUACAUUACCAGAAGAUGUUGCAAGAGCUAAUGGGCAUUUAGCCUUGGCUAAUUACCUACAGGAUGUGAAUAGCAGGUUGUCAAAAGAAAGCAACAGUCAUGCAGGGAUGGAAGGCAUUGACUGGUUAGAACUGAAGCAUGCUGUGGAUGGGGAUCAGAGUCUGACUUCAGGCACUGACGAUGCACAGAUUUUAAAGAAAUGCCAACCUGUAGGGUACCUAGAAAGUGAUGACGAUGAGAGUGACUACUUUGCAGACGAUGAAAUGUCACCCUGCUCAUCUCCAUCUCACAACAACGUGUGUGAUUCAGAAAAUGAAGACCACAGUCAAACGUUUAUGAAAACUGCCAAUUGCGAAGCAGACAUCCCCUUUUUUGCCAAGCAUCGUUUCAAAGAUAAUCAUCAAAUCGUGGCUAUAUUGGGCACUCCAGGCAUGGGCAAAUCAGCUAUAUGUGUGAGACUCCUGAUGCAGCACUGGGAGAAAGCUGGACACUCAAAAGUAGACGAGGACAUAACUGAAGCUGGUGACAGAAAAGAAGAAGAUGCAGGAACUGGCUUUCAAUUAUUUGCAAAACAUUUGAAGAAAGAAAGAGCAAGCUUAAUGCCAAUAUAUUUGACAUCGAAGAAACUAGAACUUUUGGAGACAUCAAUUGCAACCCCAUUUGAAAUUAGACAUGGACGAAGAGAUGCAGUAGAUUACAAAGGAACUGCAUUUCAAUUAAGUGAUGAAUUUCAAAGAGCUAUAGAUUAUUUCACGAAAGCACUUGCAAUCCGUAUUGAACUUUGUGCUAGACAAGUCGAAGCAGCAUAUUAUGGUGAACAUGACAAAGCGAAAGAAUAUCUGGAGAAAGGGCCCAUAAUCACAAGUGAACGUGGAGACAGGCAAGGUGAAGCAUCAUGUUAUGAAAACCUUGGAACUGAGUUACUAUUUUGUGGUGAACAUGACAAAGCGAAAAAAUAUCUGGAGAAAGCACUCGCAAUCACAAGUGAAUGUGGAGACAGGCAAGGUUUAGCAUCAUGUUAUCGAAACCUAGGAACUGUGUAUCAAUCUCUUGGUGAACAUGACAAAGCAAAAGAAUAUCUGGAGAAAGUGCUUGCAAUCACAAGUGAAGGUGGAGACAGGCAAGGUGAAGCAUCAUGUUAUCAAAACCUAGGAACUGUGUUUCUAUCUUGUGGUGAAUAUGACAAAGUGAAAGAAUAUCUGGAGAAAGCGCUUGCAAUCACAAGUGAAGGUGGAGACAGGCAAGGUGAAGCAUCAUGUUACAGAAAUCUAGAAACUGUGUUUGUACCUCUUGUUGAACAUUACAAAGUGAGAGAAUAUUGGGAGAAAGCACUUGCAAUCACAAGUGAAAGUGGAGACGUGCAAGCAGGACCACAGCGAAGGCCUGUCCGGGAACAAGCAGCUGCAGCGAUGACAACUAGCACUCAUGCCCCAUGUCAAGAGUCAUCUAGGGAUGAUAUUAAUUACAAGGCAAAGUCUGGUUAUGUUCUGGUGAUAAACAACUAUAUCUUCCCCUGGAGGGAUGACGUUGAGCGUACUGGCUCCAAUGAUGACGUAAGGAAUCUGACAAGUCUCUUUAAUAACUUCAAUUUCCGACAUGUGGUAGAAGACAAUCAAACUGGAAGUCAAAUGAUAAAGUUACUGCAAACCACUGCAGAGAAAGACUUUUCAAGAUAUGACUGCUUUGUCUGUGCAAUCCUUAGCCAUGGAAAAAAAGAUGGGAUCUAUGGUACAGACGAAGAACUGAUUAAAAUUGAAGCAAUCACAUCUCUCUUCCGACGGAAUGAGUGCCCCUCACUGGAAGGAAAACCAAAAAUAUUUCUCUUCCAAGCUUGUCAUGGUUCUCGACGAGAUACAGUACCUGUCGAGAGUGACAGCGACCCCAUUCCACUUACAAGUUCAUCUUUGCCAGCAGAUGCUGACUUUCUCAUCUGUUUUGCUUCGGCUCCAGACCAUGAAAGCUACCGUCAGGCUCACCUUGGUUCAUGGUUCAUCUCGUCUGUUGUUGAUGUGUUCAAGGAAUAUGCAGAAAGAGAGCAUCUCAUGGAUAUGAUGUUGAGAGUUAACAACCGUGUUGCUGGAUUUUACAGUAAGGAGGGUCUCAAGCAAAUACCAUGCCAGGUCUGCAUGCUACGAAAGAGAGUGUUUUUUGAUCCAAAGUAUAGCUGAACAUGAAUUUUACCCUGACAAGGAAUUUAUCCUUCAAUGUCUUUUACAAGGCAUUUUCAUGUAGUAUUUUAAAUUAAGAUUGUCUGACUGUGGCAAUGGAUUGAACCCCAGUAGAUGUUACCUCUGGUAUAUUAUCUGUAGACAUUUAAAGUGCAUAUGACAUGAAAAAUAAUUUCUGCUUAUUUGAAAGGCCUUUCAAAAUACAAAAGA